UGUUGUAGCAGAUGGCGCAAAUAGCAUUAAUUUAAUGUGGCCGUAAAAUUAUUAAAUGAAAACCUAGGAUGGAUUAAUAUAAGCGACGGUUCCCAAGAAUCCGAAGAUGAAGUUAAAUCACAAAAACAUCGAAAAAGAUGGGUGCGGGAGCAUCAGCCUCACCCCUGAAGAGCCAGAAGACAUAUGGCACGCGUACAAUCUCAUUUCUGAGGGAGAUAUUGUGACUGCCUCGACCGUACGUAAAGUACAAACAGAAUCAGCUACUGGUUCGUCUACUAGUAACAGAGUUAGGACAACUUUGACUAUAAAUGUGGAGACAAUAGACUUUGAUACUCAAGCAUGUGUGCUACGGUUGAAAGGACGAAAUGUUGUGGAGAACCAGUAUGUCAAGAUGGGCGCAUACCACACUUUAGACUUAGAACUAAACAGGAAGUUUAAUUUACAAAAAGCACUAUGGGACUCCGUGGCCCUGGAGCGAGUGGAGAUGGCGUGCGACCCGGCAGCCAAUGCUGACGUUGCUGCAGUGGUGAUGCAGGAGGGACUGGCUCAUGUGUGCCUCAUCACACCGUCCAUGACUUUAGUGCGGUCGAAGAUUGAUAUCACUAUUCCUAGGAAACGGAAAGGAUUUGUACAACAACAUGAAAAGGGCCUAAACAAGUUUUACGAUGCAGUGAUGCAAGGAAUUCUCCGGCACAUAGACUUCUCCAUCGUGAAGUGUGUAAUCAUUGCAUCUCCUGGUUUCGUUAAGGACCAGUUCUUCGAAUACAUGAUGCAGCAAGCCAUUAAAACUGAUAACAAGCUUCUUAUUGAUAAUAAGAGCAAGUUCCUGCUGGUGAAAGCAUCAUCAGGGUUCAAACAUUCUUUAAAAGAGGUUCUUCAAGAGCCUGCAGUGAUGGCAAAAAUCUCCGACACAAAAGCAGCAAGCGAAGUGAAACUCUUGGAGAGUUUCUACACUAUGCUUCAGCUGGAACCAGCUAAGGCUUUCUACGGGAAGAAGCAUGUUGAGAGAGCUAAUGAGGCCCAGGCUAUUGAGGUCCUGAUGAUAUCUGAUAAGCUGUUUAGAUGUCAAGACAUUCAGAAGAGGAAGGAGUAUGUUGCGCUGGUCGACUCAGUGAGAGAUAAUGGUGGAGAUGUCAGGAUAUUCUCGAGCAUGCACGUUUCUGGUGAACAACUGGAUCAGCUGACAGGUGUGGCAGCUAUUCUGCGGUUCCCGAUGCCCGAGUUAGAGGAUAGUGACGAAGAAGAUGAGGAUUCAGAUUCCGAUUAAUUUUUAAGCAAAGAAAAAUGCUCAAAUAUACAAACUUUGGCAGUCGGCAGCAGUAUAGGAGUUUAUAAACCUUUAUAAAGUAGAGGGAAUAUAUAUUUAUUUAAACUUAAUUGCACAACUAAAGAAAAAUGUGCAAAUGACGGAUUUAAUGCCAAAUGGCAUCCUCUACCAGUCAUUCAUUUAUUGACACAUGAAUUGAAACAUUUUUUAAGUGAAAAGUUUACAUUUAAUAUUAUGAUGACACACAUAUGUGAGUGUGUUUAGUAAAACGUCUCACUUUGUCGGUUACCAUUAAGGCGAGAUUUACUUAUAUUUUUAUAUGAAUAAACUGACAAAGCGGCUUUAUAGCAAACGACAAAGUGGAACGUUUUCCCGUGCCGCUCACAUAUGCCUUAUAAAAGUUUGAACCAAUAAACACCUUUUUUUGUUACAAAAACAGAACGCGUAAGAUAAUUUGCUUAAAAGUGUCAUCAUAAUCGUGAUUAUGGCUGUGAAACAUCUGUUGUAUUGAUCCUCUCUCCUGAAGAAAUGAACUUAGUAGGCUGCGGUUCCUGGGUUCGAAUACCGGUAAGGGCAUUAAUUUGUGUGAUGAGCACAGAUAUUUGUUCCUGAGUCUUGGAUGUUUUCUAUGUAUAUAAGUAUGUAUUUAUACAAGGUGCUCGCGAG